AUGAUUCCAAAACGAGGUCAUACAGAAGACGAUGGAUUUUCGUCAUCGAAACGGUCCAGAGCGUCAAUAUCACCACAACGACAACAUUUAGGAAGAUCCAAGGGGAAAUCUACUUUACACUCGUCGUCGGAGGGAAGGUAUCAUGUCAUUGAAAUCGAAAAUACCAACAAUGAUAUUAUCAAAGAUGACGAAGAUGAUUAUACAUCGUCCUCAGGAACAUCCUCAUCCGAGGACGACAAUAAUGGGCAAGAAAACGAAAGAUAUGAAAUAUCAGAGACAAUACCGUACAUCCCCGGCCGCCCCAAACCGCAAAUCUCUCUCCCCGCAAAAUCCUCUGACCUAUUGUCUCGUAUAUCAUCAUUCUUACCGCAACUUCAAGCCGCGAAUGCGGAUAUUGAGCAGAGACUUGCCAGGGGCGAGAGCUUGGAGGAUAUGAUUCUUGAUGAUGUCAAGGAUGAUGAAGCUCAAGCAGCAGAAGGAGAGGAGAGGACAUAUAUUGAAAUGAAUCUUGGUUUGGGUGUACUCAAAGAAAAGAAGAAGAAGAGACAGCCGGGUGAUAUCAGUCUUGGUGAUGAGAGUUCGUCGGGUAGUGAUAAGGAGGAAGACGAAACAUCUCCGAAAGAGGGCGCAGAUGAGGAUGGCGAAGGACAGGUUCUGAAUCAACUCAUGGGAUUGAAGAAUCGAUCUGGACAGAAACUGAAAACGAACCCUGGUAUUCAGGAAGUUGAUGACGGAUAG